UUUGCUCUCUAUUUUCAUUUGUUUACCCAGCAUAGCCUACAUAACAGAAAUAUGAUGAUGUUGUUUGCUCCCUGUGACCCUGCAGAGGAUUAAAUCACUGCUUAAUCAAUCACGAGUGUACUUGGACUUGACUCUAAAUUGUAUAAUAACUGUGAUGAAGCCCAAAUUUAUCCGCGUGUAGCUCUAGUGUCCCGUUUAAUAUCACUAAUGUUAAUAAGAGAGAAAGGUUUGCAGCUGUGAUUGUAAUGGAGUCUAAACUCGGAUUAUCUUUUGAAUUUCAUUAAUUCGUUCUGCUCUGCAUGAAUGUGUGUGCGUCUCUCUCUCUCUCUCUCACACAUUCUCUCUAUCUUACUCUCUCUCUCUCUUUCUCUCAGAUAGCAGUGAAGAUUUUCCGCGCGCUCAGAGAGGUCAGACGCGCGUCGAGCUCCACGCGUCCGUCGGCGCACGAAUGUUUCGGACAGAAAUCAGUUGUUCUUCUUAAGUUAGUCUUUAAUAAUCGAGUUUGUAGAUCAUGCGCGAUACAACAGCAGAGGGGUCCGCGCGUAUACGCGUGCCUGAUGGCGACCCGUGACCACAACGGGAUUCACAAUGCCGAACCGAACCAAGUCCGAGACGCGAGCAAUGUUUUCACGCACGCUCACGGGAUGCCUGUUGUGCGCACUGAUUCUCUGGACUCUGUUCGGAAACAUCCUGGUGUGCACCGCCGUGCUCCGGUUCCGGCACUUGCGCGCAAAAGUUACCAACAUUUUUAUCGUGUCUCUGGCGGUGUCGGACCUAUUCGUGGCCAUGCUGGUGAUGCCAUGGAAGGCGGUGGCUGAGGUGGCCGGGUUCUGGCCGUUCGGUUCGUACUGUAACGUCUGGGUGGCGUUUGACAUCAUGUGCUCCACCGCUUCCAUCCUGAACCUGUGCGUCAUCAGCGUGGACCGAUACUGGGCAAUAAGCAGUCCGUUUCGCUACGAGCGCAAGAUGACCCAGCGCGUGGCUUUUGUGAUGAUCGGUGUGGCAUGGACUCUGUCCAUCCUCAUCUCGUUCAUCCCGGUGCAGCUGAACUGGCACAAAGCCGCCACCGAAACGAACGCGAGCGGCGACGCUCGGGCGUUGCGCGAAAACUGCGACUCGAGUUUGAACCGGGAGUACGCAAUCUCCUCGUCUCUCAUCAGCUUCUACAUUCCCGUUGCCAUCAUGAUAGUCACUUACACGCGGAUAUACCGCAUCGCGCAGAUUCAGAUCCGGAGGAUAGCAUCGCUGGAGCGCGCGGCCGAGCACGCGCAAAGUUGCCGGACGAACCGGCUCGCAUGCCAACACCACAACACGCUAAAGACGUCCUUCAACCGAGAGACCAAAGUUCUGAAAACACUGUCCGUAAUCAUGGGCGUGUUUGUUUGCUGCUGGCUGCCCUUCUUCAUCCUCAACUGCGUGGUUCCGUUCUGUGACAAACCGACCGGCGGUCCGAGCUCGGGUUUGCCGUGCGUCAGCGAGACCACAUUCGACGUAUUCGUAUGGUUCGGCUGGACAAACUCCUCGCUGAACCCCAUCAUCUACGCGUUUAACGCGGAGUUUCGCAAGGCUUUCGCCAGUCUGCUGGGCUGCCGGACACGCUGCUCCGGUACUCCCGUGGAGACGGUCAACAUCAGCAACGAGCUCGUGUCUUAUAACCAAGACACGCUGUUUCACAGAGAGAUCGUGAACGCGUACGUCGAAAUGAUCCCAAACGUAGUGGACUGUAUCGACACCGAGGACACGUUUGACAGGAUCUCGCAGUUCUCUCACAAUAACGACUCGGUUUGUGAUUUAGACGAGUGUGAGGCUGACAUGCGCGCCUCUUUCACUCCAAACGGAAUUCACGGACCGGGACCUUUAUCAUGAACGUUGGCGUCUGUUCCGUGUUUGAGGGGUAUUUCAAAGGCGCAUUUAAAGAACU